UCCACAUCGAGCGAUCGAUCCCCCUCGCUCUCGAUCGCGCGCCUUCUCUCUUGCUUCUCCCCACCGGCCGGCCUCGAGCGAGCUACUAGUUGAAUGCUAGAUGCCUCCUCAUCUUCCUCCUUAAGAAACCUUGCUGUGCCUGGGGCGGCCUGUGUUGCUCUUCCCAACCUUUCCCCUCCCUAUCUCAUGUACACAUGAUGCCUACUCAUCGGCACAUACAGAUACAGUGCCUUUGCUGAAAAUCUUGCAAACCGCAUACACCAGAACAAGGCAGCAGCAACCUCCAAGUGCUCCCGAGCUAGAUAGAUCCCAACCUUCACUAUCUUUGAUCGCCAAUCCUCUCGAAAUAGCACUCCAAAUCUAGCAGCCAAUCCAAUCAUCUGCUGUCCUAGCUAGUUCAACUGAUCAGUCGUAUCCCCAUAUAAUAUUGAGCUAAUCUUACCCAAACCCCUUCUGGCUUCAUAUAGUACCGUUACAUACCUCCAGAUCCCAGCCCGAAGUAGCAUACUAGUCAAAGUCAACAGCUACAGCAGCCGGAGCGCGGGAGCGGGGAGAGCCCCGGCCCCAUGGAGUUCACGCCCGCGCACGGCGGGGUCGAGGAUUCCGAGAGGGCUCGCGGCGGCGGCGGCGGCCCGGCGUGGGUGGAGAAGGAGCACAUGUUCGAGAAGGUGGUGACCCCCAGCGAUGUGGGGAAGCUCAACCGCCUGGUCAUCCCCAAGCAGCACGCGGAGCGCUACUUCCCCGCGCUGGACGCGUCGGCGGCGGCCGCGGCGGGCGCCGGCAAGGGGCUGGUGCUCAGCUUCGAGGACCGGGCGGGGAAGGCGUGGCGGUUCCGGUACUCGUACUGGAACAGCAGCCAGAGCUACGUGAUGACCAAGGGAUGGAGCCGCUUCGUCAAGGAGAAGCGCCUCGGAGCCGGGGACACCGUCCUGUUCUUGCGCGGCGCCGGCCAGGGCCCCGCGCGCGCCCGCCUCUUCAUCGACUUCCGCCGGCGCCGCCAGGACCUCGCGUUCCUGCAGCCGCCGCUGGCGUCGGCGCAGCGCUUCUUGCCGCUCUCGUCCGUGCCCAUCUGCCCGUGGCAGGACUACAGCGCGUACGGCGCCUCCGCUCCGGCGCCCAGCAGCCGGCACGUGCUCUUCCUGCGCCCGCAGGUGCCGGCCGCCGUGGUGCUCACGUCGGUGCCUGUGAGCGUCGCGGCAUCCACGGUGGAGGCGACAAGGUCGAAGCGCGUCCGCCUGUUCGGGGUGAACCUCGACUGCCCGCAGGACGGUGAAGACGGUGCCAGAGUCACCCGGACGGCGUCGGCGCUGGUGCAGCUGCCCUCGCCAUCGUCGUCAACAUCCUCCUCGACGGCAGGGAAGGAUGCGUGCUGUUUGGAUCUUGGACUGUGAAGAGAACCAACAGCUAGCACAGAAGGGGAGAAAUUGAGACCAGCAACGACGCACUGACACGCGAACUGAUCAAGAUCAGGGCAUUGGGUGGAGCAGCUGGUGGUAUAUAGCUCCAGUACUGCAUCUGCAUGUAUAAUUGAUGAUGGAUUACUAUUUCUUGAUGAUAUCUUGCUCAUAUUAAUCCACUAUUGCUUUCCUGAACUA